UAUAAGGAAAUGAUCAUUGCUGCCAUCUUAGCUUUAAAAGAUCGCAAAGGUUCAAGUAGACAAGCCCUAAAGAAAUAUGUCACUCUCAAUUACAAAAUUAACUCUUCAAAUUUUGAUACUCAAUUUAAUUUGGCCUUGAGAAAAGGUGUUGACAACAAGGUCUUUCAGCAACCAAAAGGUCCUUCGGGCCCAGUAAAAUUAGUUAAAAAGGAACCAACAAAGUCAACAAAGGAAAAA